AUGACAGACUCCCAGGAAAAAAACAACACCCUAGUAGUGGGUAUAUCCGGUCCCUCGUCCAGCGGAAAAACCACCCUUGCCCGCCUCCUGCAGCGAAUAUUCUGCGGGGUGGAUCUCCUGCAGCCGAUCUCAGGAACAGGUACAGCCGAGAUCAGCACGGGGAAAUUGAAAUUGAAUACAUUUAUCAUCCACGAAGACGACUUCUAUUACCCCGAUGAUCAAAUCCCCUACACAACCACGAAAUCCGGAGAAAGAAUCCAAGAUUGGGAUACAGCCGCUGCUAUCGAUACCAAUUUUCUCGCCCAGGCUCUCGCUUACGUGCGCCAACAUGGAAAACUCCCUCCACGGCUACAGAGUAAAGAGGAUCAAAAUGACGCAACCGAUUCAGGCGUGGAUGAUGAGUUGGUGCGUCAACUGAGAAAUACCGUUAUCGAACGACUUGGUUCUGGCUCGGAAAUGAAACUGAAACCGAAAACUAUCGCUUUCAUGGAAGGGUUUCUUCUAUAUUCUGCCCCGGAACAGGACCAGGACCAGAAGAAAAGCCCCCUCCAAGCUGUUCAAUCCCAAAUCCACCUCCCACUCUUUCUUCCGGCUUCAUAUACGAAUGUGAAAACCCGCCGGGAAGCACGGAGUGGAUAUGUAACUGUCGGUCCUGUACCGGAUGUACCAACAUCGACAUCAACACCAACAGCUCCAUCGAAUGCAGAAGGAUCAAAAGAACAUCCAAUAGAGAUAGACCUAGAAGCAGAAGAUGAUCGACCACCUCAGAACUUCUGGGUCGAUCCACCCGGAUACGUGGAUGAUAUUGUUUGGCCACGGUAUGUGGAGGAUCAUGCGUGGUUGCUUGUUGCAGAUAAAUCUGUGGAGGGAGAUCUAAUUGCCAGGGUUGGGGAGGGGUUGGAUGUUAGGGUUGAUGCUGGGGUGAAGGUUGCGCCUGGGAGGGGAGAGGGGGGAUGGAUGUUGUUUUGA